UGAGUCGAGGGAGGAAAAGUUGCAACUAGAAGCAGCAACAGAUAAAUUCAGGGAGCUGCAGAGAGAGAGAGAGAGAGAGAGAGAGAGAGAGAGAGAAAGAGAGAGAGAGAGCAGUGAUGGAAAAGUAUUUGUGGAGGAGGUUUCAUUCCCCACAGCUCCUCUCAGUUUCUUAGGAUUUCCCUCCCUGGACACAGCUGCUGCUCUAAGUGCCUUCUCUUCAGAGCCAUACUCUUCCAUAUCUGGAGCUGGAUUUGGACAAACAGUGAAGUGGACCGAAUCAGACAGGACAACAACGCAGAACCUAGAUUUAACGAUCUGAGGCUGGACCUGGGGAUUACUGAUUGUUGUGAGAGAAAUACAGCAGGAGGAAGCAGAAAAAGUGGUUAUUUGGCUGAUUUAAAGCAUCACAAGUCACAUAAGUAAAUGCGUGAUCAGUGAUUUUGAUUAUUUGGACAGUUCAGCCAGUUUUCUUUGCAUGAACUUCAGCUUUUUGUAUCUUGAACUGACAGGUUCAAAGGAUUAUCUCUUCCUGAAUAUUGUAAGCAGAUGCCACUAAGGCUAGAAAGGCAGAUUGUCUUCUGCUAGCAGAUAAAGAGUGUUUACAGUAUUUUAUGUUUCAGAAACUUCCUGUGUGGUCUGCAGUGCCUAUAAUGGGGUAAUUUAUUUAUAAUUUCUAAUGUUUUUUUGCCGUUUUGUGGCAUGGAAGAUGAGAGGAGUUUGGUGUUUAAUGUUCUGUUCUCUGAUGUUCCGUAUUUCAGUAAGUCAGCUGUAUUCACCUGGACUUUCUCGCACCUAAUGGGAGCCGAAUCAUGAACAUGGACACAGAGGUCAUAUCGAAUCUUUUGCUUUUCCUAAAAGACAUUUUCAUCUAAAACCAAAAUGUGAUUUCUAAGUAUAAACUAUGACGUGACGACUGAUAAUAGCUGUUUGGAUUAAGAGGGUGUGCAGUAACUUGUGUCUUUGCCAGCCUGAGCUCCUGAAAGUGCGUGCAGGAGGAAUGUCUGGAAAGCGACUCUAAACGUCUCGUUUAAUGCACUGUAAUAAAUGACUCGUGACACAAGCCCCAUUUUCCCUCAUGGGUCUAGAGAGGGAGGUUUUCCAUAUAUGUCGGCUUCCACAUAUUUUCCACUUCAGCAUCAGUGUUGACAUUAGUGCAGCCUUCAUCCAGCUCGCUGGCCUGGCUCUCAUGCUGUCUCCUGGGCCUGGAAACAAACCCAUGCGGUCACCCACCAACCAGACUGAUUCCUGAGCACCUCUGUUGAAAACACUUGUUGACUCGCUGGGCCCAGCUUUACUCGGGCCAUCCCAGGUUUCCUUUUGUAUCUCUCCUUGGGGCCAGGCCUUGUUGUGCAGGCUUGGCCCUGAGUGGGCUCCUCUUGUCCUGAAGUCAUGGGGAUCCAGGGCAUGGAGCUGUUCGCCAUUGGCGUGGUCAUCAUCCUUUUCAUGGCGGUUCUUAAGCAGUUUGGCAUCUUGGAGCCCAUGUCCUCGUUUGAAGAUGACAGCAGCGACAGUGAUUUGGAGCUGUCGACGGUGCGUCACCAGCCGGAGGGCCUGGACCAGCUGCAGGCUCAGACUAAGUUCACCAGGAAGGAGCUUCAGUCUCUCUAUCGAGGCUUCAAGAACGAGUGUCCCAGUGGGAUGGUUGAUGAGGAGACAUUCAAGACCAUCUAUUCUCAGUUCUUUCCCCAAGGAGAUGCAACCACCUACGCUCACUUCCUGUUCAACGCAUUUGACAUUGACAGAAACGGUUCAAUCCGCUUUGAGGACUUUGUCAUCGGCCUGUCAGUGUUGCUCAGAGGUUCAGUCACAGAGAAGCUCAACUGGGCCUUUAACCUCUACGACAUUAAUAAGGAUGGUUACAUCACAAAAGAGGAGAUGUUGGCAAUUAUGAAGUCAAUCUAUGAUAUGAUGGGGAGGUACACCUACCCCUGUGUGCGAGAUGAAGCACCAUACGAACACGUGGACAAGUUCUUCCAGAAGAUGGAUAAAAACCGAGAUGGUGUAGUGACGAUUGAAGAGUUCAUUGAGACCUGUCAAAAGGAUGAGAACAUCAUGAACUCCAUGCAGCUCUUUGAGAAUGUGAUAUAAAGAAUCAGGAUGCACUCAUUUGUUUUCCUUCAUUAGCCCACUUACACAAUUCAAACAAAGCACACCCACGCACAUCAAGUUCCACUCUAUCCUGGUACAUAAUGUAGGUACUGUAAAGAUACAGGAACUAGCCUUUUUUUUUGUUUUUGUUUUUUUAAUUUUUCUAUUUUCGCCGUGCUCUUUUAGCUGAAUCUUGCAACUGCUUCUGGAUUGAGAGGACUGAUACAGACAGAAGAAGAGCUUCCUGGGAAAAAUCUCCCCGUCUAUCUGCUGUGUGUUUUUGUGUCAUAAAUGAGGAAACAGAAAAGCUCCUUGUGCUGUACCGUCAGACAGAAAGAACCAACAAGGAAUAAAGAAGCUUACUGUACAAUAAUCCACUGACCUGAGCGCUCAAGGAUACUAGCUUUAACACUAAUACACCUUCUUACACACAUACACUGUUUCACUCACACCAAUCUGUUGUUUCCUCAAGAGUUUUUAGAGCACUGGAUAAAGUGAACUAAGAGCAACACGAAAAAAAUGUCAGUGUCUCACAAAAAAAGAGAAAUGAAUGAACUAAAGCAUGUUUGUCAUCAAAUAUGUGAUGUGGAGUUAGCUUGCACUACAAUUUUAUGACUAUGUAUUAUAUGCGCCUGCAUUAAAGGCACUGUAGAUACCUGCACUUGAUACACCCCUGGUGUAUGUAUAUAUGUAUAGUUAAUAGUUAUAUCCCCUACGUUGUGUUGGUCUUAUCUGUGCUGCACUGGGUGAUGGAAUAGGACCAGAACUGAAUAUUUGUUUUAGAAAUCUCUGUGUUAAUCAGUUUAACAUCAUGUUAAGUCUCAGUUCUUCAACAAAUUUAAACAUCAUAUUCAAAUAUUUCUCUUUUUUUGUAUUUUGAAGAUUAUGUUUAGCUGAUCAGUUUGGAAAAGUGAGUCUGUAUUGAUCUGUGAAGAAGCAAAAGGACUGUUAUACGUGCUGAAUUAAGGCUUUAUCUUGGUUCUUCAGUAUCUACAAGCAUGCUGACUCUUAAGUGCCACAGUAUUAUGUACAGUACAGUAGGACCUUUGUGAUGUCAGUUAAUUAAAGAUGCUGUCAACAG